CGGGAUUAACCGCCGCUAUUUAUGCUCGGCGAGCUCUCUUAAAAUGUCUAAUCUUAGAAAAAUCCUUGUCAGGGGAAAAAGAAUUAACUAAUCGUGGGGUUUCCAGUUGUGCCAUUUGUGAUGGAUUCCUUUUUCGAGGCAAGGAAGUGGCAGUAGUGGGAGGAGGUUAUUCAGCCUUAGAAACCGCCUUAUAUAUGAGUAAUGUUGCUAGCCAAGUUUACCUUGUCCACCGCCGGGAGACUUUUCGAGCAGAAAAAGAAAUCGUGGAACGAGCCGAAAGUAAUCCAAAAAUAAAUUUUCUUUUGAACUCUAUUCUCACUGAAAUUCAAGGCGAAGAAAAGGUGGAAAAAGUUAUUAUUAGUAAUUUACUAGAUGAUAAAAAAAGUGAAUUAUCAGUCAAUGCUGUUUUUCCUUGUAUUGGUCUUUCACCAUUUAGCAGUUUUACCCACGAGUUAGGCAUUUGCGAUGGAGAAAGGUAUAUCACUAUUAAGGAUGAUUGUUCGACCUCGGUUCUUGGUUUGUUUGCCGCUGGGGAUGUGGCUCGAAUAAAUCAAAACAAAAUCAAACAAAUUGUUACGGCGGUGGCCGAAGGGGCUAUUGCCGCCCAAUCA